AGGAUACAAAGCUAAUCUUGAUCGACAUAAAUUCCAUCUUAGAAAGCGGAAAGCUCCCAAUUCACGAAGAGCCAAUACUGCAACGCGCGCACUAUGAAUUUCACUACGCUUUUAAGCAGCCUAGGAGCUAUUCUUUUUCUUAGGCUGUUAUAUCGCAGAUUCUGCGGCCCCCUUGCACAUCUUCCUGGGCCGGAAAUCUCCAGGUGGACGGGAUUGCCCUGUAUAAUUUACUGGUUCCUUGGGCAGAAACCAAAUUAUGUCCACUACCUUCAUGGAAAAUACGGCCCAAUUGUCAGGGUCAGCCCUGAAGAGGUUGAUAUAUGCAAUAUCGACGCCACGAAGGAAAUACACAAGACCGGAGGGCGCUUUCUUAAGUCAGCAUUCUACCAGACCUUGACUCCUCCGGGAACCGAGAACGUGUUUUCCACGACAAAUCCUGCGUUUCAUGCCGCACAUCGACGUCUCCUAGCUAGCCCUAUCUCGGAUUCUUCUCUGGCUGCUUUCGAGCCUGUUAUUGCCGGCAAAGUUCGCUUGGCCGUGAGCAGGAUGGCCGAGGAAAUGAGAUCACACGGCUCUAUGGACAUAUUUAAGUGGUGGUUGUUUAUGGCCACCGAUGUCAUUGGAGAAUUGAGCUUUGGCGAGUCAUUUCGCAUGCUGGAGUCUGGAAAGAAGAAUCAAUAUAUUCUUGAUCUUGAGCGGACGUCCUCCCUCGCGCCGGUGCGAACGACGUUUCCAUCUCUUGUGCGGCUAGGGUCGAUUGUUCCUCUUCCUCUUUUUCAAAGUGUGGCCGAUGCUGGAAAACGGAUACGAGGUUAUGCUCAACAAUCGGUUGACAGAUACAAUCUUCUCAAGGAGGAAUCGGGAUCCGGCGCAAAGCCCACUUUAUUUACCAAGUUGUACAAUGCUGGCAGAGAAGGCUUAUCCAACACCGAAAUAAGAGAUGAAGCUCAGGCAUAUAUCGUUGCUGGAAGCGAUACAACUGCAGUCAGCCUAACAUAUCUCGUCUACGCUGUGUGUCGGGAUGAGAGUAUACGUAGGAGGCUUGCGGACGAGGUGAAUUCUUUACCAGAAGCGUUCACUGAUAGAAUGAUUAGAAACCUGCCCUACCUCAACCGGGUGAUCAAUGAGGCUUUACGACUACAUACGGCUGUUCCGUCUGGUCUGCCAAGGUCUGUUCCAUCCGAGGGUGCGGACUUCUUGGGAUUCCGACUUCCUGGCUGCGUGACUGUUACGACACAAGCUUACAGUCUCCAUCGUAUGGAAAGUAUAUUUCCUGAGCCAGAGAGAUUCAAUCCGGACCGCUGGGAAACGAUCACCAAAGCAAUGAGCGAGGCUUUUAUGCCAUUUGGUAAAGGAUCACGCGUUUGCCUCGGCAUGCAUCUAGCCCGUAUGGAACUGCGUCUGGCAACAGCCCUUUUCUUCCGAGCUUUCCCAAGAGCAAAAGUUUCGACAAAGGAGGGAAUGAACGACGAAGACAUGAGAAUGAAGAGUUACUUUUUAAUGACACCCAGUGGGCACCGCUGUCUCAUAGAGGUAUAGUUGCGUUAACGCUAUUGUUUUCGUGCUGUCAUAUACCGGUUUUCAAGGGCUGCAUGUCGUCCUGUAUAGCUUCCGGUAUACCAGGUAGAUACCUAGUGUGAAUCAGUCCCGGUAGAACCUCCGCUUAUUAGCCGAUUGUAGCAAUUAAAUGCCCGGCCAUUGGCUAGCAUGGGGCUUGG